UAGCGUACACGUCAGCGAGCGAGCACGGUGAGGAGACAGCAGAGUGCUGUGCUCCAGUAGCGCUUGCUCCACAAACCACAAUAGUUGCUCCAUUUUCUUUUCCCUCCUCGUCCUGGCUACACUCCUGUCUCUCUUGUGCUCUCAUAGAAACCAAUCCAUCCACCCACCCAUCCAAGAAAUCGAUCAUCCCCAGAGGACAAAGUUAUCCACUCGUAUACUCGAUAGGCCCUAUCCUUGCAGAAGGAUUGCCCCUCAUCGAUUCUUGUGAGACGUUACAGUGAAAGAUGCAAGAAAUCAACAACCUUUGAAGCAAAUAUCCCACCUUUCUUGCGCUUCCUCGAUCCAACCAAGGCAGCAUUUGGGCGCUUGUGGUUGCCUUCCCUGCGUUCGGUCUAAUGCAGUGUGCGUGUUCUUGGUUGGGAUCUCGGUUUCAGCGGCGGCGGAGCACCGGGAGACGGUGAAAUUCUGCUUCUUGCUUUGGUUCUUGUGUGGACUAAAUGAGACCUGCAAGAGCCAAGAGUUGGCAGUGAGUGACGUUCAGAUGAGUCCAGUUGUGCUAGCUGUAGUGAGCAUUGCAUUUAUCAACUUGCAGUUCCUGCAAGCUCAUGGAAGCGAAUUGCUUCUGAACUGUGGCUCAAACGGGACUGUUGAUGCUGAUGGGCGGAGAUGGAACGGUGACAUUGCCCCUGGGAGUAACUUUACCUUGAGCAGCCCUGGGUUUGCUGCUUCAUUGACUGGGAACAGCUAUACCGAUGAAAUCUUCGGACCGGUUUACCGUUCUGCCCGUUUCUUUAACUUGACGUCUUGGUAUCACAUUAGUGUGCUGCCAGGAAACUACUGCAUCAGGUUACACUUCUUUCCCUCAACGUUCGGGAAUUUUAGUGCAAACAAUUCUGUGUUUGAUGUCACUGCAAGUGGUUUCAAGCUUGUUUCAAAAUUCAAUGUGUCAGAGGAGAUUGUUUGGAGGUCCUCUGCGAGCAAUUCGGUCAUCAGUGCAGUUGUAAAGGAGUACUUUCUUGUCAUUGGUGUUCGUGGCCUGCAGAUUGAGUUUGAUCCAAGCCCUGGAUCAUUUGCCUUUGUGACUGCAAUUGAGGUCAUGCUCACCCCAGAUAAUUUGUUCAAUGAUACAGUGAACAAAGUUGGCGGUGCAGGUGAGCAGCUUCCUCUUGGCUUAAGCAACAGAGGUGUCGAGACAAUGUACCGGCUGAAUAUUGGAGGACCUGCACUUAAAUCUUCCAGUGAUCAGUAUCUCCAUAGGCCAUGGUACACUGAUGAAGCAUUCAUGUUUUCUACAAAUGCUGCACAGAUUGUGUCCAAUGCCUCAAGCAUAAUGUAUGUCUCAAGCAAUGACUCCUUACUUGUGCCCAUUGAUGUCUACGAGACUGCAAGAAUCAUGGGCAACAACAUGGUUGUGGACAAGAGGUUCAACGUGUCAUGGCGAUUCUAUGUCCACCCAAACUUUGAUUACUUGGUCCGCCUUCAUUUCUGUGAGCUUGUCUAUGACAAGCCCAACCAGAGGAUCUUCAAGAUCUACAUCAACAACAAGACAGCUGCUGAGAACUAUGAUGUGUAUGUCAGGGCUGGGGGCAUUAACAAAGCAUAUCAUGAGGACUACUUUGACGACUUGCCGCUGCAGGCAGACUCACUUUGGCUUCAGCUAGGCCCUGACUCCAUGACCAGUGCUUCAGGCACUGAUGCACUUCUGAAUGGUUUGGAGAUAUUUAAGCUAAGCAAGAAUGGCAACCUCGCCUAUGUGCUUGGUCAUAUUGACAUGGCCAACCAAAGGGAUUCUUCCAAGGGGAAAAAGAAAAUAGAUUUGUGGGAAGAAGUUGGUAUUGGCUCAGCUUCUUUUGUGGUGCUUACAGGUGUUUUUCUGUUCUCAUGGUGUUAUAUAAGAAAGAAACGGAAAGCUGUUGACAAGGAGGCCCCUCCCGGUUGGCAUCCGCUGGUCCUUCAUGAGGCUAUGAAAAGCACUACAGAUGCCCGUGCAGCCAGUAAAUCAUCCUUGGCACGAAAUGCCUCUUCCAUUGGUCAUAGGAUGGGAAGAAGAUUCAGCAUUGCGGAGAUUAGGGCUGCCACAAAGAACUUCGACGAGUCCUUAGUCAUUGGUACUGGAGGUUUUGGCAAGGUCUACAAAGGUGAGCUCGGUGAGGGCACUACAGUGGCGAUCAAACGUGCUAAUCCAUUAUGUGGCCAGGGUCUGAAAGAAUUCGAAACGGAGAUUGAGAUGCUUUCCAAGCUUAGGCACCGGCACCUUGUCGCAAUGAUUGGCUAUUGCGAAGAGCAGAAGGAGAUGAUUCUUGUCUACGAAUACAUGGCUAAGGGGACACUGCGAAGCCAUCUCUACGGGAAUGGCCUAUCUCCUCUGACAUGGAAGCAACGGAUUGAUGCGUGCAUUGGUGCGGCCCGUGGGCUUCACUACCUCCACACAGGAGCAGAUCGAGGUAUAAUCCACCGGGAUGUAAAGACUACUAACAUCCUGUUGGAUGACAACUUUGUUGCUAAAAUAGCAGACUUUGGGUUGUCAAAAACCGGACCAACACUUGACCAGACCCAUGUUAGUACAGCAGUCAAGGGAAGCUUUGGAUACCUAGACCCUGAGUACUUCCGGAGGCAGCAACUCACACAAAAAUCCGAUGUGUAUUCUUUUGGGGUGGUGCUCUUUGAAGUUGCUUGCGCAAGGCCAGUGAUAGACCCCACAUUGCCGAAGGAUCAAAUCAACUUGGCAGAAUGGGCGAUGAGAUGGCAGCGCCAGCGUUCACUGGAAGCAAUUAUGGAUCCACGGUUGGAUGGUGAUUUUUCAUCAGAAUCCUUGAAGAAGUUUGGUGAGAUUGUGGAGAAAUGUCUCGCAGAUGAUGGGAGAAGCAGGCCAUCAAUGGGUGAGGUUCUGUGGCAUCUUGAGUAUGUGCUGCAGCUCCAUGAAACUUACAAGCGCAAUGUGGAUUCUGAAUCAUUUGGAAGCGGUGAAUUGAGAUUUGCUGAUAUAUCGUUUAGCCUUCCUCACAUCGGAGAGGGUGAAGAGGAACUUCACUCGAAGCCAUCAAGUAUCAGAGAGGAACUGGAUACUUGAGGAUUUCUGAUGUGUGGGAGACCACUAAAGAAUCUUGCUUUGUAGCCAUGGUCUUGAUGUAAAAUUGUGUUAUAUGGAUCAUUUAGGUGUUUUAGCUGUGUCAAUUCACUUCCUAUUCUUUUGGGCUCUCUCCUGCUUGACAAGUGUAGAAUAAUAGGAUUUUUUUGUGUAGAUUACCAAACCAAAAAAAAAAGAUGUGACACGAAAAUGUCAAGUUUUUCCUUGACAUACUGCUGUAUCAUGCUAUUUGUUUGACCACUGCCCAUGUACUUCUGCCUGUACGACCUGUAUAAAUCGUACUAAUAAUAUCGCGCUGUCUCUGAACUUACGGUAUGUAUUGUUCACCUGGUUUCUUUGUAUCAAAGG